AUGCAUUCGUUGGUCAUUGGUGGAUUUUAUCUCCGCUCUCGUUACUCUCCCGGAAGCGGAGAUAAAACCCUGGGUACGAGGUUGGCAGUUGUUAAUAUUUGUCACUCCUGUUUUUAGAUAUUAUUAAACGAAAUCGAGAUAGGAUUCACGCUGGUGUUGUAAGUUUUUGCAUACAUACAGUAAUGACGGUUUAAAAGUGACUGCAUACUUAAAUCCGCCAGGAGGUUAUGUUUUCAUCCGCGUUUUUAUGUGUAUGUGUGUGCGUCUAUCAGCACGAUGACUUAAAAAUAUCAUACGUAUUAAUACGAAAAUUUGUGGGAUUAAUGGACAUUGCCCAAGGACAACUUGAUUAAAUGUUGGUUAAAUUUGGAUGAAAAUUGGAUGAGAAAUUAGCCAAAGUUUGUCUUGUUUUGCUGGGCAGAAAAAAACUGAAUGCGUAAUUAGCCCAUUGUAUAAUUUAUGUACGAUACAUAACUUAAUUUGUUGGCCAAGGUAUAUGCAGUCUCCGAGUGCCCUCUAUAUAUGUACUUUACAUGGCUGUAUUCAGGUCUUGCAGCAUGACGUAUCAUAAUAAUCCGCCAUUUUGAGUGGCAGAAAUCUUUUAUUCAACCGACUACCACACAACUGUGGACCAUUAUAACUCCACGAAAUGCUCAAACAAAAGCAACAGCCGCAUUCAGUGCCAUAGUCUUGCUUUGACGCCUGUUGGCUUUUCAUUGACUAUUUUUAAUUUGCCACCCAAAAUGGCCAAAUAUCAUCAAAUACGUGUUGUGACGUCACUUACAAGACCAUUGAUAUGCAAUAUAUGAUCUUUGCAUAGGCUCACUGUUUUACUGGCAGUAAAGAAGAAGCACACUCAAUCCUUGAUCAAGGACUUUUUAUCGGUGUAACGGGAUGGUAGGUAUAGGAUUCAUUUGGCGUGAAGGCUAUUAACCAGUAUCAGGGGUAUUUUCAGGGCGUUUGUAGGCCCGUUGAACGGCCCAAAAAACUCCAUCUUGAAUUGAGUUUUGAAACUCAAUCAUCUCACCAGAAGUUUUAGUGUAGUAAAAAUGAAGUAGUUUGUGUUAAAAUUAUAACUUGGAAAUACUUUUUCCUGUUGGAACCCAACAAAGUAAGAAAAAACAAACAUACCACCUGCAAUUCGUUUCGCAACACAAAAUCAAAGCAGUUUAUAAGGCAUGUAAAAUUGUAAAGGCUAAAAUCGUGAAGCUUCCAGUAACUUCUCCUGGAUUUCCCAGGUUUUAUGCUGCCCCAGGUGAUUAGGUAAACACUCAAUCUUCCCAGCAAAGAUUCCUUUAAAAAAAAACCGGCAAUAUUUUGCUUGUUGGUGUGAAACAGUAGGUUAUGAUCAUAAAGAAUUGUUAAGCUAAGUUACUAUAAGUAAAAGAGUAAAUUAAGACUAGAAUUCAAGCUUGGUCUCCGCGGUAGAUACAUGCCUGGACACUUCGGUAUACCUACUACUUUUUUACCGUAACUUCAUUAACUUACCCAUGUGCAGACGCGCAUUACCAAUGUUUUCAUUUUGUAUAUAGUUCGUUUAAAACGGAAGAAAAUCUGGAAGUUGUAAAAUCAAUCCCAGCAGAAAAGUUAAUGAUUGAGACGGGUAUGGCAGUAUAUGUGUCUAUAUUGUAAAUAUGAACCUCAUUGUGCCGUUACUGAAGACACCAUUGUUGUAUAGAUGCACCGUGGUGCGACAUUAGACCAACUCAUGCUGGGUUUCAGUACAUUAAAACAAAGUUUGAUACUAAGAAAAAAGAAAAAUGGCAAGAAGGAUGGUGUGUGAAGAGCAGGAAUGAACCAACACAUCUAAUGUACGUGUUUUAUUCUCAUGUAGUUUCAAAUAUUUCAUUAAAAUACCUGUCACAAGAUGGUUUCUACUCCUGAAUACUUGUUCGAAAGCUGAUUAGCUUAUACUGUACCUCCAAACUUUAAAGCAAACUUUCUAAUAGAGUGUAUGUAAACUCCGGAAUCGCUCGUUGGUUGAUUGGAAUUUCAUUUUCGAAGCUGAAAUGCAAAGCUGUGGGUGAUCUCUGAGUCAAGAACAGCGCCAUUACAGUAUAUCUGUCUUACGUGGACCUGCCUCGUAACCAGGCAUCUCUUUGUAAAAAACAACGACGACGCGCGUAUGAUACAGUGAUAAAGUAUUGUAAUGGGGAGAAAAGCGCGAAGACUCUUCCCAACAACCUUCGCGCGUCGCCCGCCUGUCUUAAUUCUUCAUGUAUCCCGAUUAUACAGCGAAAUGAUACUGACGCGCCUGGGUACGAGGCAGGUCUUGGACCAAACCAGCCCUUGCGACUCAAUACAUUGCAUUCUGGAAUGUAUUCGUUUGAAUGCCGGACAUCAUUCUGGGCGGAGGUUUUUAUUUUAUUUCUGUCAAAAAGAACCAACCUGAGUGUGAUAAGAUGUUAAUUAAGAUGAAAACCAGAAAAAUGUUAGAGGAUGGGGGAAUUAUCAAUUCUUUUUCGGCCGUACGUCUUCUUGUGCUGGAAUUUUUUUGCGGAAUUUUAAAGGUAUUUUUCUUCCCUGUCCUCCAUGCACGAUUGUUUUCCUAUUGUUUCCCGUUGCGCGAAUUUUUUUAUCCCCCCUCCCAUCGGUCACUUUUCUAACGCCCCCAAAGUGCACAAUGUUUGGCUUGAAGUGGAAGAUUAAUAUUGUAUUUUUCAUCUCUUGAAUUUACAUCUAUAAUUUAUUAGGUUUGACCUUUCGCAAGAAUUAAAAUUUUCUUAUGAAUAAUGCAUCUUUUCUUUUUUUUAUUUUUGUAGUCAAGUUUUAGAAGUUCUUGCUGCUGUCAAGGAGCUGGAAAUUUCUGAAUUGGCCGAAACAGUCUUUCAGAAUACCAUGAAUGUGUUUUUUAAUGAAUCACAAUCUGAAGAUAAAUGAAUAAUUAGUAAUUAAAAAUGAUCAAUUAUAUUUUUAAGAUAUAUAUAACAUGCGAGUGUCAUAUACGAUUACGAUGCUAAUAGAGAACUAAUGUUAUUCCAAAAAAGUGUGCAUUCUAACAACACAUCUAUUUUAAAAACUGUUCCUAAUUUUGCCUGUAGAAAAACCCAAAAAGGAAAUGUUCUACUGGCUGUACUGUACUGGCAAUAUAAAGCAACGCAUUCAAAUUUUAAAAACAACCAAACAGCUACUGCUCUGGGUAAACAUAGUCUAUACGACAGUAUAUUUUCAAGAAAAUACGUUACAACUUACAAAAGAAAACAACAUAUCGCCUACUGUAUAGUAUUUUAUGAUUAUAUCUCGAAAAUGUUCCUAAUUGUUUGUACACUACCUAUUUCAGUAAAAUAUUGGUCUUGGGCUCAUUUGUCUCACAAUAAAAACCCAAUCCAUUACUGUAUCUACUCAUUUAUUGGUAAAAAAUCGACAGCUUACUAAGUCGUUACUCGUUACGCAACACAAUUUUCAUUCCCAUUCCAUUAUUUUCUUGUCUUUAAAGAUCUUGCCAUGUAAGUUCUUCUCGCCUUUUGACAAAAGUGCCAAAUAAAGAGGAGUUUCUGCGCCUACAAUAUGGUAGUAAUGAUCGUGUUAUUAUAUAGAGCCUUGCAGGGUAUUAGUUCUUGUCAGUUAAAAAA